AUAUAUUAUAAUUUGAAGUUCUCUCGAAUAUUGUACUGGAAAGCCCUUUACUAGGUACGAUCCUGAGUGUAGCACCCUCUCGUUUUCUCCCACCCUCGUGAGUGGCAUGGCGCCUGUCGUGCGUCUCUCUCGCUCAUUUCGCGCAAUCUCCUUGAGGAAGCCUCGCCACUCGUUGCUUCUUUGUCGUUCUACCUGCUUUCCCUUACUCCGGUGAAUAUCCGUCGAUGGAGGGGCGCGGGUGAACGCGUUCGGAACGGGACGACAGUCCUUCCGCGGAUUGCGGAUAUUGUGUCGCGAACUGUCGUGGCUACGAUGUCCUUGCGUCCGUUUUCACUGCGAUCGAAUCGAAGGGAAGUGGCGUGCGGCCGUUUUUCGCGUCAGUGAGUGUGCUUCGUUUCGUCCCGAAGUUUCGAUCGGGAGGACUCGUUUCACGGUCAAGCGUUCGUGCCUCGUAGUGUUUCUCGCGUCUUCGUCCGCGACGGUUCCUUUUCUCCUCGGCACCGGUCGAAAGGUUAGGUUUGCUCCUGUCACAUCCGCGUGUUUCGUGCGACCGUACUUUCGUAGUGAUUUCCCCGUGAACUACGGUGAAUCUGAUAUUCGUGCAUUAGUUGAAAGGAGUGCAAGAAACGACGGUUACGAUUCUUUGGCGCCCUUCGCUGGACGGCACCACGCCUGAAAUUUAUCAAAUAUAAGCAAUUCACCUUUCUGGAAGAAUCCUAAAAAAUGUUAGAGGGCUGAGAAAGGAGAGGCGAAUCGAAUUAAGGCGCGAAGGAAGUGCACGUCGGUGGCCGGCGUUUUCCUGGAUGGCUUCACGGUGGUCGUUUUACCACGCUGCGAGUGGCAAUGUCCCCGUGUUCGUCCGUUUUGCACCGGCCUCGUCCAGCGAAUCGCGAUAAAGCACCCUCGACGCGUCUGCUCGUCGGACAAAAGGUCUACAUGGGCACAGCUUGAAUCGCCAAAGCCCCUAUUUUUCUGUCCUCCGUCUUUUUCGUUGUCCUUGUCCGAUCCUACGGCCAAGGAAGAAAAUCGUAAUCGAAGGUCAACGCCACCGCUGAUCGAUCGAUGAAGAGCUCGUGGGACGUCCGCCGGAGGAUUCUUCCAGAUAAGGUGGUGACCACACGAAAUUGUCCCAUGAAGCCGACGGACGACAGCGUCAUAGCCGGGGAGCGACUGUUGGCCGUGAUCAUCAACGCGAAAUCCAGUAAUCCUAUCGUCGAUCUGAGCUCCAGGUGAAUCAAGAUCAAUUUCAACACGUCCAACAACGAACCAUACCAUACGACCAUGUACAAAAUCCUGAGACGCGGCUCCAGCCGCGUGUUGGCAGUCUGCGCGAUCCUCCUGAGCCUGCUGUUGUGCCUGUACUACGUCAGUCAGGCACAGGGUCCGUCCACGGGUCCUUCGGCAGGGAUCUUGAACGAGGCAGUGAGGUACGAUCGGGGUCUCACGUCCAUCACGCCUGACUACAUCGAAUCGCCCGAUGCGAAGGUAUCCCUGGACACUUGUCCCAUCAUCGUGCCCAGGAACGUGGACAUCGACACGCAGAUGGAGUUCGAGAAGUUCGACUUCCAGCCGUCGUGGAUGAGGAGCAGAGAAUAUUGGGACGACAGCUUCGAGGCCAGGUAUGCGGAGCUCAGGAAGGAUCCUACCAGACCAUCGCUUAAGGUGAUCCUAGUACCGCACAGCCACACGGACCCAGGCUGGCUGAAGACGUUCGAGCAGUACUUCCACAGCUCCACCCGGAGCAUCCUAAACAACAUGGUCUCAAAACUUCAACAAUGGCCGAAUAUGACUUUCAUCUGGAGCGAAGUGUCCUUCCUGUCACUCUGGUGGGAGAGUGCCCAUCCAACGAAGAAAAUGGUCGUGAAGAGGCUAGUGAAAGACGGGAGGCUAGAAAUGACCACGGGAGGCUGGGUAAUGACGGACGAGGCGACAUCUCACAUCUACGCCAUGUUGGAUCAACUGAUCGAAGGUCAUCAAUGGCUGAAGACGAACCUGGACGUCGUCCCAGAGUCCGGCUGGUCGGUGGACCCGUUCGGCCACGGAGGAACCAUCCCGUACUUCCUGAAGGUUUCCGGCGCUUCCGGCACGGUGAUCCAGAGGAUCCAUUACGCGUGGAAGCAGUGGUUCGCCAAGAAGCAGUACGGCGACUUCGUUUGGAUGCAGCCAUGGGAUCAGACGGGGGAGGCGGACAUGCUGACCCACAAUCAGCCGUUCGACAUUUACAACAUCAAGCACUCGUGCGGCCCUCAUCCCCACGUCUGUCUCAACUUCGACUUCCGGAAGAUACGGGGCGAGUACACGGAGUACUCGGCCAGGGCGGUCGAGAUAACGCCGAACAAUGUCAAACAUAUGGCCGAGUUGUUGCUGGAACAGUACUCCAGGACGGGAUCUUUGUUCACGCACAACGUCGUGCUGAUGCCUCUCGGGGAUGAUUUCAGGUACGAUCACGCGAUCGAGUGGGACCAACAGUACACCAACUACAAGAUCCUCAUGGACUACAUAAAUAGCCGGAAGGAGGAGUACAAUGCUGAGAUAGUAUUCGGCACACCCAAGGAUUACUUCCGAGAGAUCAGAAAACGGGUGGAAGAGUUUCCAACGCUGAAGGGUGACUUCUUCGUCUACUCCGACAUCUUCAGCGAAGGUAGACCCGCCUACUGGAGCGGCUACUUCACCACGAGACCGUACAUGAAGAUCUUGGACCGCGAACUGGAGGCGAACCUUAGGUCGGCGGAGAUUCUGUACACAAUCGCGUUAAACGUGGCCAAACAGUCCGGCAAGGACUUCAUGUUGUACGAGACGUACUUCGAGAAGCUGGUGAAAGCCAGACGGAAUUUGGGUCUGUUCCAACAUCACGACGCUAUCACUGGCACGUCUAAGUCCUUCGUCAUGAAGGAUUACGCUCUGAAACUGUUCGAGUCUAUCUCGGACACUACCAGCCUCCAGAGCUUCGCUAUUCAGUCUCUGGCCGGCACGACCACGAAGCCGAACUCCGUGUACGUCCUGGCCGAGUCGGACAGAGACAGCUACGAGAAGUUACCAAAGAAGAUACCUAUAGGAAUCGGGCAGGAGACGAAGAAGAUCGUCCUGUUCAAUCCUCUGGCCCAGCCCAGGCAGGAGGUGAUCAGUCUGAAGGUCACCUCGUACAAGAUCAAGGUCCUGGACCCGCAGAAGAAUCCCAUUCCCUAUCAGAUCGCACCAGUGAUGAACGCUACGAGCAUCACGCACGACGUGUACGUGCUGCUCUUCGUGGUGGAACUGAAACCUCUGGCCAUCGCCACCUACCACAUCCAGCAGAUCGACAAGGUACCGGUGGAGGCCAUCUCGACGGUCUACUGCAGUCGAUGCGGCAAGGACAACGUGUUCCCCAUGAAACCUAUGCAGGUGGGAGAUGUUCAGUUGGAGAACCAUCGAAUGAAGCUGCUGUUCGAUGGACAGACCGGUUUCCUGAAGAGAGUGACCAAAAAGGCGACCGGGAAGAUCAUGCAGUGCACGAUUCAGUUCGCAGCCUAUCCGUCCGCGCAGUUUCACAGCGGUGCAUACCUCUUCAUGCCCGAUCCGAACCUGAGGGACACCGACAAGGACGUUCUGGAAGCGUACACGCCUCACCAGAAGAUCUACAUCGUCAGCGGUAGCCUCAGUUCGCGGCUGACCGUCGAGUACGGUAAACUGUUGACGCACCACGUGGCCAUUUACCACAGAGACGACAGUCUGGGCGAGGCUAUCUAUGUGAGAAACAUAGUGGACUUCGAGACGCCACCGAAGAACCGCGAAACGGAAAUGUUCAUGCGUCUGCAAACGGACAUUCUGAACGGGGACCCGCCAGAGUUCUAUACGGACUUAAACGGUCAUCAGAUGAUCAAGAGGACAAAGAUAGAGAGGAUCGGAAUCGAGGGUAACUACUUUCCCAUAACCACGAUGGCCUACAUCGAGGACACCAGUCACAGACUGACGCUGUUGGUGAACCACUGUCAAGGAGCCGCCAGUUAUCAACCUGGGUGGCUAGAAGUGAUGCUCGAUCGAAGAACCUUGUACGACGACUCGCGAGGAAUGGGGGAGGGUCUGCUAGACAAUCGAAGAACCGUGAUCAAACAUUGGCUGCUACUUGAAGACAUUACAGGGGAGAAGGACAAGUACUCGAAGCCAUCCCUGUUCGCUAAUCACCUUAGCAACGCGCUCAAUUAUCCUGUGAACAUCUUCGUGGUGGACGGGACAGACAGCGACAUAGCGAUGGUGCCGGAAGUUAGGCUUCUGAGCCAGAGUUUCCCUUGCGACCUUCACCUGCUCAAUCUGAGGACCAAUCACGACCAGAAACUGCCACACUUCCCGGUAAACAACGCGCUGAUGGUGCUCCACAGGCAGGGUUACAGCUGUUCCGUCGGGGUGGAUGUCAGUCUUAAGCACUGCCCGUUAACGGACAAGAUCCCUCAAGGGACGUCGUUCUUCAAACUUCCGAACCUGAACAUCACCAAGACCUCGUUAACGGGCACCAAAAUGAUGCACCGGUUAAGGAACGGCCUGCAAAACGUUAGCUUGAAGCCGAUGGAAUUGGAGACGUUCAACGUGAAUUUCGUCCAAUGACGGGGUGAAGGUCGCCGCCGGGAAAUCGUUUUAGUCUUCGCGAAGCUGACGCCUACGGUCCAAAAGCGUUUUACCUUCUGGACAGGACACUGCCGAUCUGCUUGCCCCUGGCAGAUGCUACCUCUUCGGAACUGCGUGCAAUUCGUUGGAACUUUAGGCUGUUUACAUAGGACACUCGCAAAUUCCACGUUGUUUUUUACCUUGCGUUUUAACCGGGAAGCCUCCAGUGUAAAUAUUUGACGCGUCGCCGUGGUGAGAUUAAUUGGCGAUCCAGCGAGACGAGAACGUUCGAUCUGUCCACACCCUCAGUGUAUAUACACACACACACAUACACCAGGCUACUGUACUCUAUUUCGUUUUUCAGUUGAGUUUCCCUAGACGAGGACCGGGACGACGAGCUAGGAGGAGAGAGUCGAAGGGAAAGAGACGAAACCGCGCAGACCCGCUGUCCUCUGGUUCUCACGCGUUACUUGCAAGCUUCCUCGUGCCUCUCGAAUCACUCUUAUCGAUUUUAGCAGCCUAUUAGCUAAUACUUGGUUCGCUCUGGCCACUUUCGAGCCUCCUUGUCCACCUGUGAACCCGUUCGAGCAUCUCUUCCGUCACGUGGAUUCAAUUUAGUCGGUGGAGAACGGGUCUCGAAAGUUCGCCAACAUAGACUGACGACACAAUCAAACAAUCAAAGUGCAUUACACAGACUCCUAAUCGAUGCAAAAGUAGAGAUUCGGCUCGCGCGAGAUGCACGAGAAAAGCGAACGAACAGGGUGCUCCGUUUAGCCUGACCUCUUGACACCUCCAUUGUUAUAGGGUCUGUUCUUUGAUCCCUUCGUGGAGUCUAAAAUUAUAGGGAACUGAUUUUAUCCUGUACUUAUCUCUCUUGUAACGUAAUCUGUAUAGCGACAAGCAUAGUAGGCUUCCUAAAGAAAAUGGCGGCAUAGAGAAAGCCCCACCACUCACUUGCCAAUUCACAAUCAUAGAAAUUGGGGGAACAUUCGAGAAUUAAAAAAUUAAACAAUUUUGAGAUAUUGGUAACUUUCAAAUCUUCCCUAUUUCCUAUAUGAGAAGCCUAGAAUGCUUUGAUCUCUAAUUCUAAUCAAAAGCUUAUUGUAAAAAUGUCACUUCCAAUCCUUAAUCUCUUCAGCGUUUGAAAUUACUCAAUAUAGGACAAUAAUAAAUUUCUCCCAAAUCUGGUUAUUACUUUGAGAAACAGUUCAAGUGGUCAGACUGAAAACAACACCAUGUAGAUACUAUAAAUAUUAUAUAAUAUUGUACAUAUCAAACCACUUUACCUUAGACCGUAUAUUGUGAUAGCAAAAUAUAUAAUGUAAAUCGUAUACACCUAUUUUCAUAUGUGAAACGUUUUACGAGGGACUCUCUCUUCCUCCUCGGGCAGCCGAAGCAGAGACAGACCGGAAAAUCAUCGCCAGAUUUGUUCUGGCGACUUCCAACGCUCUUCCAAUUCUAGUGGGGACACGAUUUAGUUUCGUGGCCGGCCCUGACCGGCUGGAAAGUACCUAUUUUUUACUUUUGCUAAGCGUAUCCGGCUGAACAAUGCGUAAAGGCGUUUGCUGUAAGACAGACUCCUGUAAAUAUUAGACUAAUUAGCGAGAAAAUAAAGUGUGUCGCGUUUUUAGAGCCUGGCAAUAGCUGGACCUCUGUCUCUCUGGUGAAACGUAUGUUCUUUGGUCACAGAAAUGAACAGAUUUUAAGUUCACGCAUGAUUUUAACUUCUUUACCAUGUUACUGCAACUGUUUGUUAAUUUUUAGUAAGCGAUAACUGUUGUACAAUUCAAAAUCAAAUGGAAUAUGCUGGCAGUUUACUGACAUCGUACUAGAAAAUAUAUAAAAUGCGUUGCAUUUUAUAAAUUGUAAUCAAAUAGGACUUGAUAAUUUUUUAUCAUACUAUUUUAGAGCUUAGUAAAAAGUGGACAUUGAUUUGUCGAUCAGCAAAAAGAUGUUCCUUCGAGUGACCAAAAAUAAGAAACAUAUAAGGUUUGAAAUAGUUGUUGACUAUAAAACCACCAUGAGAUUCGUGAAGGAACAGUGAGAAAAUAGAGAAAAUGAUUGCCGGAAAACCGUGACUGUCCUUGUAAUGAUAUUGUAACAUAUUACGUGUUUGUGCUGUCUCUAGAGAAAAAAAGAUCUAUAUUAAAGAUGGUUUAUGUAUACACGUGUACGUGUACACGUCGAUGCACGUGUGGUAUGCGUUUGUAGAGAUAUAUUUGCUAGGGCUGUUUGCAAAGCUGUUUGCCGGCAGUCAAGCAAACGAGGACAAUUACACGCCACGGUAUUCCUUAUGUUACAAUGUAAUAUUAUAUUUAUUGAAUAAAGAUAGUAACUGACGUAUUUUAA